GACGUCAUUGGGUGGGUGCUUUUGUGAGAAAGACUAGUACGUUCGAGACUGGACAGUCGCGAUCCAAGAAUUAAAUAUGGCGGAUUGUUAACGAAGAAAAAUCGGAGAUCUGCAUACUUGAAGGUUUUAUUUAGAUUUUAUAACUUGGCCUCAAAAAAAUUCCCUGUGUGUGUGAGUAGCUGUCAUCGGCAAACAAUUUUGACCUAAGAAGAGGGUGUAACUUUUUUAAACAAGAUGGCCUCGUGUUUGGUGAUAACGUCUAUCAUAUGCGUACUUUUGACAACAGUAGCAACAAUCGUUGCUUUUGCAACACCAAAUUGGAUUGGAUUCCGUGGUCUAAAUGAUGCAGAACUUUGUGGAUGCAGAGGAAGGCACUGCGAUUGUGGUCUAUGGCUAUUUUGUACCGGAGGAGGUGUGACUAAUACAGGCAGUCUUGAUAACUGUAGAUGGUUUUUCUCGCAGGACUUUCUGAUUGAGAGGUCACUCCCAGAAUGGUUUAAAGCAGUACAAGGAUUAUUUUCAUGUGCUAUAGCCAGUAGUUUAUUAUCACUGCUAAUUGGACUAUUCUCCUUAUGUUGUUACUGCAAGACAUGUAAUCCACACCAGGCUGCUGGAGCCUUUAUCAACCUUACAUUUUUAUUGCUGGCUAUUGGUGUUUGCGUGUUUGGUGCAAAGGCACACAUGGAUCAUAAAACAGAGGUACUAGCGCGAUCUGGCAGUAUGGACCCAUUAUUUGGCUGGAGUUUUUGGGUAGGCGUGGGUGCAGCAGGCAUGGCUCUUAUAUCUAGUAUUUUAUAUUUCUGUGUGGGCCGGCAAGAUGAAUUUUAAAAAUUGCAACAAAAUUAAGUUGUUUUUUGGUAGCUUGUAAAUGAACUUUAUAAGCUUGUAAAUGACUCUUUUUUUAUCCAGAAUUUCUUUUGAAAGCUUUGAGAAUGCAAAUAUAUACAUUGUACAUGUUAAAAUGUCACUGAAAACUGAUCUCAACAUAAACACAACAUGAACAAGGAAGUUGACAUAAAUGAGGUUAAAUAACAAGUACAAUUACAUGACAAAUAAAAUUCUUUUAACUUUUAUAUAAAUUAUGAAUCACUUCUAUGAAACAUGUACUUGUGAUUAACAAUUUUAUAGAAACUACUUGAAAACCUUACCAGAUUUGUACUAUCUACAGUGAAUUGUUUAUUGAAAUGUACUCUGUCUAUUUCACCCUGUUUUGAAUUUUAUUGUUUAAUUUUGCUCUAAAACUUUACAAAGUUUGUAAUCAAAGCUUGCCAUAUGAUCAAAUACUAAUAAAUGUAUAUAAUUCUGUAUAAAUUUAUUAUUUUAUAUUUCUCAAUAUUUUAUAUAUAUAUUUUAGUGCUUAAAUCAUUUUUGUCUAAGCUUUUUCAUUUCUAUACAUGUAGUUGUACAUUGUUGAAUUGUACACAUUUAAUAUCUUGAUCAACCAUAGUUAAGACUAGGAUCAACACUAUGCUUAAAUGACAAUGAAUUUUGAAAUAAAAAAAUAGUAAUAAAUGUAGUAAUAUUUUUUUAUAUUCUUCCUUAAAUUGUAUUUUUUCAUAUUGUGAGUUGAAACUAUUGGCCUUUUAAUUUAAAAACAAAUGUUGAAUAUGGCUGAAAAUUAGUAUAGAAUAUAUUAUUCUGUAUGUAUACCGUACACAUGUAUUCAUUGUUUAGUUCAGGGAAUAACUUUUAAAUAAUAACAGCAUAUUAUAUUUAAUAGAUAUAUUUUCAAAAUAAUAAUAAUAAAAAAAUUAAAUGAUUUUGCAACAUACUUUACAUAAAGUAGAAUAUAUUUUUUAAAUUAUAAUUUUUUUUUAAAGUACCAGUAACCUGAAUGGCCUAUGCUUCAUUGUGCAUGAAUAUUAGUCAUGCUGUUCAACUCACUCAUUAUUUGGUUAUUUCAAAAUUUCAAUUUUUUUUUAUAUUUAUUACAUAAGAAACUACUGCUGUAUUUUAUAACAUUCAGAUAUAUACACAGGCAGCUAUUGAUUGUAAAUUUGUCGAUUCUAGUUUGCCUGUAAUAUAGCAGCUAGAUUUUUUUAAAAAUUUGAAAAAUAUUUAAGUGUAAAUUAGUUGAAAAUGUAAAAUUAAUGAGCCAGUCUCUGCCAGUGCCAAUUAUUUUGUAUGAUUAGAAAUAUUUAAAGUUGGUCAAUCAUGUGGACACAAUCUAAAAUUUUAAAUAUAAUUUGAUUCCUCCUGGGUUUAGUGGAUUAAUUAAAAAUCCUUUUAUGUACCCUUUAUACUUGCAUAAUCCAACACUAUAUAUUAUUAUUACUAUUAUUAUGAGGGUUGUGGGCUAAUCAUUAUAAUAAAUAAACUGUCAACUUCAUACGCAUAAUCAUCUCUAGUCAAAUUAAUUUAAAAAAAAAAAAAAUAUUAAGUAAUAAUAUUAGUAUUUAUAUUUGUACGAAACAUUUGAUUUUUACCAACAAGCGCAUUAUUGUAAUAUUAGGGGAAACCAACUUAUUUAACUUAAGGUACAUUGACAUGAUUUUAUUUUUAAAAUUAUGUCUAAUAAAUAAUAAUUCUAACCUAUUUAUGUUCCUCAGAUUUCACUUUCUAGUCUUUUUUUUUUUUUUUAGUCUAUUUUUGUUUCAAAUUGAUGUAAAUUACAGAUUAUGCUGUUCUUAAGUGUUUUAAGCAAUACUCAUUAGUUUGUCCAAGUUUAUAAUUCUAUGUUGUUCAUGUAUAUUUUAAAUAUUCAGUCUAUUCUAUAUAAGAAUAAUAUAAAAAUGAUAUUACUUGGAAUAUUCUAACGAUAUUACUUGGAAUAUUCUAACCAAGACAUAUAUUCGCAAUAAAGGCAAGUAAUUGCUAUUACUGUAAUAGGUCUAAAGCCCAAAUUACUGAAUUAUUUUGAUGCUUAUUUGAUCAAACUGAUUAAAGUACAGAUCGGAAUUUCAAGACCAUUCCUUCGAACUUUCAAUCCAGGUUUCCCCUUGUCAGUGGAGAGCACUUGAAAAGAAAAAGUGUCUAGUCGUUAGAUGAGUCGGAAUUCAACAAAGAGUAUUCAGAAACCCUGCUGUUUGGACAAAGGUUCCCUCAUAGUACACUGCAUGGCAUAUUUCUGUCUCCAUUAUUAGCCUGCUUAUUUCAGACAAGUAGGAUAUCAAACCCAAUUUUUUUUUCUCAGAACCCAUUGCGGGGUGGGGGGGGGUCUUGUCAGUGGUCACUAGGUGACUACAUGUUUUGUUCUUUACUGCUCUAUAAAUGUGUAGUUCAGUGUACACCUCAGCUCAAUUAAAUAGACCAUUUUAUUGACUAGUUUGUAAUAUCAACAAGAAAGCUAUUGUCAUGAAGUCUAUAAAACUAAUUUUGAUCUGUAGAAACAGAAACUAUAUAGAAUCUCUGGUUUAAUAAUUGAUAUUAGAAAAUUUUAUUUUAGAGCUCAAUAGCUGUUACAAAAUUAUACACAUUCUUAUAUGUAAUAGACUGUAUUUUAAUACAAACUUACUAUUUUUUAUUGAGAUGAAUAUUUUGUAAUGUUAUUUUUAUACUAAAAUAAUGUAGUUUUUGAAGUACAGUAGAAAAGUGUACAAUGCAUGAAAAAUUAUUUUGGUGUGGUUUUAAAUUGUUAGUUCUAAAAAUAAUACAUGUAGAACAACUUUGUAUACAUUGAAUUAAAAAAAAUUAUAAAUAAAUUUGAUAGUUGUC